AUGGUCGGAGAAAAGAAAAUAUAUGCACUCAUCGUGGAGGAUGACCGAGUCACUCAGAUGCGCCACCGUAUGCUCCUAAAACGAUUCAAAUGUGAAAGUCAUGUUGCGGGGAAUGGAAAGGAAGCAAUCGAUCUCUUUCGCUCGGGAGCUAGUUUUGAUGUUGUUCUCAUGGAUAUGGAGAUGCCUGUUAUGAAUGGACUCGAGGCAACGAAGGAACUACGAGCAAUGGGUUUUGAAGGCCUUAUUGUUGGUGUCACUUCUCGUGAUCUUGAUUUUGCAAAACAAGUUUUCAAUGAAGCGGGCGCAGAUUCUUGUUAUGAAAAGCCUCUAACUCCUGAAUAUGUUACCUCCAUUCUUCAAGAAAUAAACGAUAACUAG